UGGAUGCUGCGAGCUGUGAGGAUUUGGAGAAUCAAAAACUAGGAAUGAAUUGUUUAUGACAGGUAUAAGAAGGUGAGAUGACAAAGAACCUUUCGGCCUUUCAAGGAGCGAUACCAGCUUCCUUCUUAACCAGUUGGAGUGAAGGUGUGAGGAGUGAGAGAGCGGGCUGCUGGUAAUUACCGAGGGGGGCUGUGGAGCCGCCUGCAUGCCUGUGGUGGUUCUGAGGUGUAAGGUCUCUCUCUCUCUCCCUCUCGCGCUCUCUCAGUCUUUAUCAAUCUGUCUUUGGUGCGUGAGCGCGCACCGCAAUUGUGAUCGGCGCGCGGAUGAUGAUGAUGAGAGCGUGACCUCACCGCUUUCCGCACAGCUGCUGGAGAGCGGGGGAGACACACGGAGAGCGGAGCGAACAACAUAAACACGCCGAGGGAGACAGCGAGAGAGAGGCGCGGAACAGCGGAGAACAUUCACAACUCAGCGGGGAACCGCUCGGCACGAGGGAACACCGUCGUCGUAGGGCGUCCGUGGACUGCUUCCCAGUCAGUCCGCCUCCCAGAAUGUUCUGUGCCCCCGGUUCUUUUCUACGGUACACGAAACAGUCGCCGCGGCGUCCCCACGGACACUGAAGCCCAGAUGCUCACCCUCUCCGCCGACAUGGACGAGUCCUCGUCACUGCUGGAUCUGUUGGAGUGUUCGGUGUGCCUGGAGCGCCUGGACACCACGGCUAAGGUGCUACCGUGCCAGCACACCUUCUGCCGCCGCUGCCUGGAGAACAUUGUCAGCUCCCGGAACGAGCUCCGCUGCCCGGAGUGCCGCAUCCUGGUGGACUGCGGGGUGGACGACCUGCCCGCUAACAUCCUCCUGGUUCGCCUCCUGGAUGGUAUCAAGCAGCGGCCCCAGCGAGGAAGCGGAGGAGGAGGGGGAGUAGGAGCGGGAGGCAGGCAGUCCCUAGCCGGGGGCUCGCUGCAGGGGUACGCAGCCGGGAUAUCCGCCUCUCCUCCGGGCACAGCGAUCAGGGAGCUUCCCGUGGCCACCAGGAGCUCUCCUGUUAAGAAUAUCCCAGCGCUACCUUGCGGCAAAGCCCUCUAUUCUUAUGAGGGCAAGGAACCGGGCGACCUCCAGUUUUCCAAAGGUGACAUCAUCAUCCUGCGACGCAAGGUGGAUGACAACUGGUACCACGGCGAGCUCAAUGGUUGUCAUGGUUUCUUGCCUGCUAGUUACAUCCAGCUGCUGCGUCCCCUGAGCCAAACUCCACCCCAGGGCAAAGCGUUGUAUGACUUUGAGGUCAAAGACAAGGACCAGGAUAAAGACUGUCUGGCCUUCAGCAAGGAUGAGGUGCUGACAGUAAUCAGGCGAGUAGAUGAGAACUGGGCAGAAGGCAUGCUGGGAGACAAGAUUGGCAUCUUCCCAAUUCUUUAUGUGGAGUUAAAUGAAACAGCCAAGCAGUUGAUGGAGAUUGACAAACCUAUACCAGCUAAUGCACCGGGUCCGAGCUCUGAGCCGGCCCCGUUGGGCCCCUGCUCUUCCGGGCCCUCCCCAAGCGCGUCCCCGUCUAAUGGAAACGGCUUUGGCCAUCGGAGAGGCGAAGGAAAGAAGAACGCCAAGAAGCGCCAUUCGUUUACCGCUCUAUCCGUCAGCCAGAGGGCUGCCCAGCUCAACAACAGACACAGCAUGGAGAUCUCCCACCCAGUCCUCAUCAGCUCCUCUGACCCCAGAGCGGCUGCACGCAUCCAGGAUCCAUCUCCCCCAGGUCCCUCUCCCUCCUCAGCAGGGGUGCUGGUGCCCCCCAAAGUGGCAUCCAUAACCUCUGAGCUGCUGGCCCAUGCCAAGGUUCAGCUCCCACUCAACAUAUACCUGGCAUUAUAUGCCUACAAACCCCAGAAGGCUGACGAGCUGGAGCUUAGAAAAGGGGAGAUGUAUCGGGUGACAGAGAAGUGUCAAGACGGAUGGUUCAAAGGCACGUCACUGAGAACUGCUGCCUCUGGCGUCUUCCCGGGAAACUAUGUCACUCCUGUGUCCAGGGCUCCAUUUGGAGUUGGUGCUACUCGGAGCUCGUGUUUGUCCAGCCCAGGAGGAGGAAGUGGCUGCAGUCAGGUGGCAAGUAAAAUCUUAGACCCCUCGUCUCCAGGAUCCCCGGGGCCCUCUUCGUCCCGUCCUGGCACCCCACUGGUAAAUGCAGCCAACGCUGUUAACAGCAUCAGUCCCGCCUCUUCGCCACAAACUGCUGCCGCCCAGCUGAAAAACUGCCUGCGCUCCAGCCAGCAUACCAACCAAGCACGCACCUCAAUGCAGCUGGUCCACAGUCCCUCUGCUGCAAGCCCGGAACGCCCCACGGUGGCCAUAUCUCCCCUUCGUUCUCAGAGCUCCUCCCCGUCGCGCUGCCCUGGCCAAUCGGGUCGUCCUCUCUCCAUGGUGUCUCCGGGACCCAGCUUAGGGCCCUCGCCCCUCUCUUCCCCGGCUUCGCGCCCCAUCCUCCCCCUCUCCUCCCCUCUCUCCUGCCUCACGCCUCCGAACGUGUCCGCGGUGCUCCUCAACGGAGAGUCAGCCAGUCCACUGCAACCGCCAUCGCCGGGCCCCUCACACACCACAGCCCAAGGCGUCCUCGCGCCCAAAGCAGAGAAGAAGGAGAGGAAAGCAGGAGGUUUAUUAAAACUCUUAUCGGGCGCCGCAGCAAAGAAGAAACCUCGCUCACCCCCAUCCUCCCCACCCACCCAUGACCCCACUGGUCAAGGCGCCGUGGCUACCGACCCCGUGCACCACCAUCACCACCACGCCCGCUCAGGUUCCUGUCCGAUGGCGUCGCAAGGACGAGCCGGUUCCUGUCCAAUCGAGAGCGACAUGGCGGGGGCAAUUGGGCUGGAGCCUCUGCACAGAAAGUCCGGUUCCCUGGAUACCAACUUCCCCAUGUCACCCCCGGCAACACGUGCUGGCAAUGCUCUGAUGGUCCUCCGACCUGAACCCAAACCCCUGUCCAGAGAGAGGUAUCGUGUGGUGGUUCCGUACCCACCCCAGAGCGAGGCAGAGAUCGAGCUGCGGGAGGGAGACGUGGUGUUCGUCCAUAAGAAGAGGGACGACGGCUGGUACAAAGGCACUCUGCAGAGGACGGGUCAGACCGGCCUGUUUCCAGGCAGCUUUGUCGAGAGCUUCUGAACUGCAAAAAGUGGACGAAUGAAUGCACACAUUGUUCCUGUUACUGAGUCAUAAAACACAUGAACACACACACAAAAUCCAAGGUUGGGCUGAUAUUAGGUUCCCCAGAUUUAUCUUUGUUUUAUUGGAUUAAAGCUCAACAAGGCCUUAAGAGGCGGCUAACCUUGAAAACAAAGGAGAUUUUUUUGUUAUUUAUAUUUGCCAAGUAAUCUGUUUGGAACUAAAAUGUUUUUGAUUCUAUUGGAAAAUAUAAUUCAGAAUGAGCAUACUUUAUAAUCCAUAAAGAAAUGAUAUUAUUAAUUAUUAAUUAUUGGUGUUGGCUAUAGUAAUCCAUAUCAGUCCAACUUAUCUACACACACAAACACAUAUACACACUGAUAAUGUACAAGAAAGCUCGUCCCUGCCUCGACCAGCUCAGCCACACAGGAAGCAGGGCAGCUUUUCCCAUUAUCCGCCCAGUGUUGGGUCAGAGGGGCUCCAUCAGACUCGGUUUCCAGACCCGUGAUGUUGACUACUGAAGGCACGCAGACUGAAAGAGCACAGAAAGACGAACCCUGCCUCCUAAUUCUCCUCCUCGGCAUCAUCCACCAGCAAACACUAGCUCAAAAAAGCAUUAGCUUUGCUUUUCCUCUGAGACCUCAGAACUUAAAUUCGGGUGCUUUCUUUGUCUGAGAAGUGAGAACAUACAGCCAGGUGAUGAGGAAGCACAUAAGCCUACACUCCAGAAUCAUUGUAAGCACAUCUCUGUGUCGAAUCUACGACCAGUAUGUUUCUUUUCAACCCGAUAUAUUAUUUGUUAACGAUGCAUGUAGCAUUAUCACAUUUUUAAAAAAUGUUGAAAUAGAUAUUUUAUGUUGCCGUGCUGUCUGUCACAGGAUUUGUAAUUUAAAAGCCAGUGUCACAGAAAGUCUAAAUUAGGUCAUUAAUUUUUCUAUUUCUAUAUCAUAACAUAAUGGUGAACCGCUUAUUUUUAUUCAAGUUUUUUUUUUUAUUACAUCUGAUUUAAACAGACCCCAUCAGUUGGAUUAAGCUGAAUUGUUGAAUGUAAAAAGGAACACAAAGUCACACCAAAACUCCUUUAAAGAAUUCAUUUGUAUUUAUAAUGCUGUUUUUGAACUUCUGUAUGAGUUUAGAAACAAAAGAAAUGCACUUGGUAAUAUUUGAUACAACCUUCCAGAAUAUCUACAUUUACAGUAUUUUACUAAUGUACAGUAUUUACUUGACAAAGGGGAUUUCCACUGCUGCUUGUGACAUACUUGUUUUAAGCGCAAAUAUGAUUUUUCUUUAAGAAAGCACAAAUUUCUUUGGUGGGGCGAAAUGACUAAAACAUUUUUUUCAGAUGUCAGCUUGAAAUGUAAAAAGAACAAAGUUUCCAUUAUUGACAGUUCUCAUCAAAUAAGUACAAAGAUUGCGAAGAGUAUUUCCUCUUCCUCAGCUUUUUCCUCGACAGUUUUUUAUCUAUUCUGAGACAACGUUGCCAAACCAAAACUGCACAGACUCUAUGCUCGUGAAAGAAUAGCUGAGAGGGGAAACUCAGAGGACACAAACUUUCAUCAUGCAACUGCCAGAAUUGACUUUGUUACUCAGAUCGUGUCAAAUAAUUUUGUUCUGCUUUAGUGAAAGUGUAGUCUGUCUGCUUCUGUGAUUCUUUCGUAUCCAGAGUUUAGAUGCAGGCUUGCCUGGUUUAGGUUCUGCCACAACCACCUACCUGUUUUUCUGCUUGUGGAGACAAAAGCACAGCAACACUCAGAGCCUGACUCACUCGCUGUGUGUGCGGCGGUACAUCAGAGAGAAAGAGGCGGUCAAAGAGCACAGGUACAGGGCACGAGGCACUUCCUCACCUAUUUUUUUAAACGAGGCAGAGUUAAACACACAGGCGAGGGUUGUUCAUUGGCUGACUGCUUAGAUUUCUAAUUGGCUCUAACCUGAUCCUAAGCACAGAGCCUUUAUGGCUUAAGCACUGUUGAGUCUCCUUCCUACAUCCAUGUUAUGUGGGAAGAAAAAUACACUGCUCACAAAAAAAUUCAUUCAUUUGAUCAUCACAGUACAGACUAAAGUAAAUAAAAUAUCAGGGACGUCAUGCUGUACAGUUACGAAGCACAAACCAUUGUGAAUCAGUUUCACCUGCUUUGGUUCAGGUUCACACUGAGCACAUGUGAAAGAUGUGAAAGAGCAUGAAGAUGCCGUAGCAAACUUUAUGAUGCCACCAAGAGCUGACAUGCCGAUUCUGGUGUAGUCUGCUGAUGCCAGUCAGUGAUGUGCUGGGAGACACAGCAGAGGGAUAUACUACAAAGUUCAACAAAGCCAGGCUUUCUUUGCUUUAGCUUAAUUCCAUAAAACCCAAACAAUUACAGAGCUCUGAAACUUUCAAAUAGAUACAAUUAAACAUCAAAGUUACAUAUCAGUUUUAAGCCAUCCGUGCUAAAUUGUGUCAAAGUGUCAUGAUGGAUGAUCACGUACAGACAUGCCAUAACGUUGAGCCUGCUCAUCUGGAUGGAAAUUGCUUUAGUUUGUCAGCAGAACAAAGUAAAAGUAAUUUUAUUGAUUGGUGUGUGUUCUGCGCUCUUUAGCUGCAGUUCCAGAAGUCUAAAAGAGAGUUAAGAGCAGAUUCGUGUGAAGUAUAACAACAUUUAUAGAUUUUCUGCAUCACCAAAUGAAUAAAUGUAUCAUGCCAAUGCCCAGUUUGCACUGCUGAACCUUUAACGCUCUGAUUCAUUCAUGAUGUUAACAGCUUGCGCACGUAAUACAUAUUCACCCUGCAGACAAUUUACAUUCCGCUUAAAACAUGCUGUAAAUAAAAGAAUCAGCAAGAAAGUGGAGCUCCCGGUCAAUUUUAAACCAAAACUCUGAACAUAACCUGACCCUGACCACUUUAUGUGAUCAGCACAAGUUACCACGGUGAUUUAGUCAGAAGACACAGAAAACUCCCUUUGUAGUAUAACCUGCUAGUAUCAUCACAUGCUGCCAGUAGUGAGAAGGACACUAGACAGAAUAAAAACUACUGAAAAAUGAGUGAGGAGGAAUGAGGAGAGAGGAAUGGUCUGUGGCCACCACCUUUAAAUCCUUUAAUAAUUCCUGUAAUUCCCUUUGUGGUGGGCUGUCUUGCUGUCACUUUCAUGUGCACCACAAUGGUUCCUCGUGCUUCCUACCUGCACAGAUUGAUGUCCCUGAAGUCGAACUGACAUUGUGCUAUAUUUUGUUGAUCAAAUGAACAGUGUAGAUACAAAAAGGUAUCUACACUGCUCUGAGAAUCUUUAUUUAUAGAGCACUUUUUUGAACAUGCAUACAAUUUUAGCUAAUUUAAAGAACAUCCACAAGAUAAAUGGCACAAAACUUGUCGCAUUUUGGUCUUUUUUUUUUUCUUCCUCAGAGAGGAAACUCUACAAACUCUAGAGGACAAAAUGUUUGGAAGCUACUGUCACGUGUUUUCCACAAAUUAUCAGACCGAAUGAUCAAAUCUGAGACCUUCCAGCGAAAUCAGUGGAUACUUGAAGAAAAAAGCACAUAACAUAAACAGAUGCUAAAUCAGACUACAACGUCGAAUUCGCUAGAAACCAUUUUUUUCCCUCCCGGAUACUUUUGAUGCUGUGAGAUAUUGUGCUUUCUGAACAGUAGGCAUAUAAUUUUGAAAAACAAGCAAAAUAAAUAUACUGGACUCUAAAUUAAAGUUUUUUCCAACACAUACAGACUAGGGCUAGGCUGUUUUCCGUUAACAUUACUUAUAUGAAGAAACUCGCUUCAAUUCUUAACACGUUUAAUGUUUAACUGGUCGAUUUUGUCUAUGUGAUGUUAUUUUAUACAAGUGUACCAGACUAUGAUCUUUGUAUGUGUUUCAGUGGGGCGUUUGGGGUCAGUCGAUUAAAAGUGCCAGUUUAUUUACCUUGAAAAAAACAAAAGGGAAAGUAAAUGCCAAAUUUUUUUGAUAUUGUGAUGGGAAACUUCAAUCUGAACAUAUCUACAUUGGCCUUCAAAACCUGUCAGUCAAACCCCAGUGCCUACAAAUGUCAAUACACACGCAAACACAAGUAUACGCUCUUACUUUUCCUUCUAGGUAGAUCAGUGCCCUCUUUCCCUCUUUGUUUUGUUUGUAUCAGUGUGAUAAGUUUGCUGGUUGCUUUUCAAUCCGCACAAAGACGGAAAACCAGCGGAUCCCAGAACAGUUUCCGAAGAAACACUGAGCAAAGUUUGGAUCUGUUUGGAUGCCCGCUAAACUGAGGACUUUAAUUUCUAUAGAGUCAAACUUAAGCACAAGUCCUUCUUUGCCCGGUUUGUUCUUUUUUUCUCUUUUUUUUUUCUUUGGGGUGGGUGAUGUGAGGAGAAAGCGUUUACAAGAGUCAAAAAGUCAGGAAUAAAACCACUGCACGGUGGUCACUUUACGCAAAAUAACUUGAACCGCUGGUUUUUGCAAACUGUCUUCAUGUGUUUUGAUUACGUGAUGUAAGCUCGUCGUUCGCCUCAGCUUCCUGGUUGUGGAAAAUGUGAACAGGCUUUGAACAGCAGCGGUAGCUCCCACUGGACGCGAACACAUUGUUGGAUUUUGUAUGACGCUCCUGUUUCGAUUGAGCUUGUUUCAGAUGAUGAAUUUGAAAUAAUAAUAGUUAAUUUUGGUUUGUCCUUCCAGGAAGCCUGAGCUGUGUCACCCUGCCAUCUUGACUUAGAUGUUGGCCAUAUUUGUUCCUAUGGAUACUUGGGUGUUUGUGUGUGUGAUGAGAGAGGUUGGGAGGAGGCAUCUGUAUGUAGCUCUUUACAUAAAAAAGAAACUUUAUUAAAAAAAAUAAAUUAAAAAAAACAGUUCGGUGGAGCAUGGAUACUCAUGCCUCUCCAGGAAAGAGUCCAGCAGAGCAGUGAGAGAAACAGAGGGAGGAAAAAAAGUAUAUAUAUUAUUCUAUAUUGUGCAGAAUAUUUAUAGGCCUUUUGUGCCAUUGAAGUCAUGCUCUGUGCUGGCCACGCCCAGCGCUCUCUACCAUGUGAUCAUUAUACAUCGUCUUGUACUGAUGACCCGUGGUUGAUUUGAUUGUUUUUUCAU